AUGGUCGCGGGGUCAAACGGGUCGAAACGCAAGGGCUCACCAGCAGACCAUCCCAACGGCACCAAAAGGUCGCCAAACUCUCACGAUGCUUCGCCUGGUCGGGCAGGUAGCUCUAGUGACCCGAAUGGAGGUUCGCAGUCCAAUGGUUACCUUGCUGGUGGGCCAUCAGCGGGCACGAAGAGAAUCAAGACUGCAAGAGCGUGUGAUUCCUGUCGAAGGUGAGCGGCGUCACGAAUGGCAUCGUCUUGUGUACUCCUUGCUCUGACGCAGCUGCUCGCUCUGAUGCUUGACUAAUCAGGAAGAAGAUUCGGUGCGACGUCAUCGAGGACGACGCCGCCCCCCUAGGAGAUCCUAACAAUGGCAACGGAGGCUUGAUAUGCGCGCACUGUCGACAAUACGGCUUUGGUGAGUGCCCAAGGAAGCAGUGCGAUGUGGUUGGACGGGUGAGAGCUGCUGCUGACAAACGGCCGCACUCUGCAGAAUGCACCUUUUUCCUGCCGAUCACUGAGACGCGCUUCAAGAAGAAGCACGAGCGUGAAAGGGAGGAAGCAGCGCAAGCCCAGGCCCAAGCUGCUGCUGCCCACGCUGUCAUGGCCCAUCGAAUGGCCGGAUCUGCUGGCCUUCCGCCAGCAGGUCCAACGGCAGCAUUCCCUCUGCACUCAGGGCCAUUGCCUUCUGCCCCAUUGUCCGGCCUCGCAGCGAGUCGAUACGCCUCGUACGCGGCUGCGCAGCCAAUGUCAGCAUUAGAUGCGACAGGACCUAGACAUAUCAGUGCGACCCAAGAAUGGCCUCCUCGCAACCCUUCGAGCGCUUCUCUUGCAGAGGGUUCGAGCUCCCGAUUAGCAGUCAGCCCCAAGUCGGCACCCACACACGCGUGAGUCGUGGCUUGACACCGUAAUUGCAGCUCGCCAUGCUGAUGCAUGCCUGUCCUGGACCGAUUCUAGUCGACCUUCGGGUAGUGCAUCCGAGAGCGGAAAGACGUCCCCGCCCCCACCAAAUACCAGAGUGCUCGGUCCGACCAGUAUUGCUUACAUAGUGCACUCGACAGCCUUCGUGCCUGGUGCUGCGAUCGAAGAACACGAUUUAAAGCAUCAUCAAACUUUUGAAGUGGGUGCUUCUGGCGAUGGAAUCAUCAAAUUCCACAAACCUCCCCGGCGGCAGUCGCAUCACGGCUCGAUCUCAUCAGAAGCAGAUGACUCUGAUGACCUUCUCGCUGUGCCUGACGCCUUGCGCUCCAGGCUUGCUGGCGAUGUUGCCGAAAAGCUGGUCAACACGUACUUCGAGAGGAUAGGAUACCUAUUUCCCGUCAUCACCAAGAGCGAGUUCCUGAGUCAGACUCCGCCACCACCUUUGCUGCUCUAUGCCAUUUGCGGCAUGGCAGCGUUGAGCCGGGAAACGCCUAGAGAGGUCUUAGGCGCAGUCAAGAUGACUCUUGCUGCCUUUUUUAAGGAGAACGACCUGCUCAGCAAUUCUAGCAUCCACACAGUGAAGGCGCUGCUUAUCAUGAGUCUACACAGCGACCUGCAUGGCUUGACUAACGUUUCUAGUGGAACCCGGUGCUGGAAUAGGACAGGCAUAGCGAUUCGAAUGGCCCAGGACCUCGGCAUCCAUCGCGAUGCUUCUGGGCGCGACGAUCUAGAUGGCGAUGCUUUCUUCCUAGAGCAAAAGCGACGGAUUUGGGGUUGCUGCGUCACUGCGGACAGGUGCACCUCGAUCUCUCUCGGGCACCCGCUUGCGAUCGACCUUACAGAUUGUGACGUUCGUCUGCCGUCACCGCUUGAAAUUUUGCGCCACCCUUCGGACUUGCGCGCCAAUCCAGCUUUAGAGCGUCCGUUCGCAUUCAACACAGAGAUGCUCAAGCUUAGCAUCCUUUUCGGACGAACGCUCAAGACGAUCUACAGCCCAACUGGUCUGAUGAAGACCACCGACGAGGAAAUUGUCAGUUUGCUUGCUGACAUUGACAAUUGGAAAGAGUCUCUGCCAGCUGAGCUGCAGUAUGAUGGACCCGACGCGCAAGCACCCGCUGGCAUUUUGCACACCUGCUUCGCCUGUUUGCAGCACCUCUUCUUCCGCGUCUUCAUGCGUAUUUCGUACAGCUGCCCACAGCACCUCAGCUUCAGCUUGAACAUUGAAAGAAUGACGGCGAUGAUCAAGAACGCUCGGGAGGCCAUCGAAUGGGUGGAUAGGAACGAAUUCUAUUUAGACACCCUUCAUUUCCUAAGCUACUCGUUGGUGUUCUGCGCCACAAUUCAGUACCAUGCAUGGAUGCGACGAGGGGAUCAGCAGGCUUUUGAGACUCUACGCAAGUGCAAGGAGUGCGUGACCCGUCACAAGCCGGAAGGCGCUCGCCACGACCUGUCGCUCCGCGCCAAGACUGGUGAAGUGGUCGCCUUGCUCUUCAAAUCGGCAACCGGGGUGUACAAUACGAUUGAUGGCAAACCGAGCUCAGGGGCUCUGAACCCCACUGCCGGUGUCACUAAUCGUCGAACGACGGACACGGUUAGGGGCAUUGUCUUCAAAGCAGAUCAGUCUAAGCCAGGGGGAGGAGUGUACUUAGUCGCCGACAGAAAGCUGCUUCUCAAUGAUCUGCCGACCGGCACCAUCCUGCUCCACGAGACUGCUGCUGGGCGCGUACCUGCACUGGUGCGGACCUCGGACGAAGCUAACGGCGGCUGGCAGGCAUUUCCACGCCAGACUGCGGCUGCUCAAGAUGGGAAGGCUAGUGCUUCACCACAAGGCCAGCCUUCAAGCGAUCUGACUCACAUUGCCGGAACUGUGUUCCAAGACGCCGAGGGUAUCCCAGUCGAUAGACGCGGCUCACGCAUGAUCACAAUGAUACCAGUAGGUCAGCCUGGCAUGCCACAGCAGCAUCAGCUUCAACUUCUCCAAGCUGCUCAGCAGGCAGCGCUUCAGCAGCAACAGUCUGGCUCUACUGCGCCGAACCCGCCUCCGGACAACUCUGCGCCCGCUGGCUGGCAGUCCGACGCUGGUCUCAAUGCGGACAAUGGCAACCCGCUCUUGCAGCACCGUCCAUCGCUCAGCGCUGGCAAUCUCGGCAAUGUCAAUCCGCAUCUGAACGACGCGUCCUGGGCAUCGACUCUGGCCAGCUUGGGCUUUCCCGCCGAUGCAUACACCUUCGAUGGCCAGAACAUGUUUCCGCUUGGCAACGCGACCAGCGCAGACGCCUCCGCCGGUUUUGAGCCGCUGGUCAUCGACGGCUUCCCGGAUGGCUUGGAUGUUUGGGGUGCGUGGGCACAACAGCUCAGCCGCGCCAAUGGCAUGGGAGCGCUCGACGCGUCCACCCCUGGCGGUGGGUUCUCAAACUCCAACGGUGCUCAGCACUCAGGUGACAGUGGAUACAGCGCUUCAAUUCCUGCUCCUCCCACACUCGGUAGCCUAGCAAACGGCGGUUUCUGA